GACUGUUUUAAGUGCUUCUUCGGUCCACACGGCGGGACACAAGAGAGACGGAGGAGCGACGCACCGCGAAUCUGCCGAAAAACACCGAGAGCGAAGGGACUUUACACAGCCGCCGUCAUUUGGACGCUCGAGGAAUAACGAUAAACCUGUAGCGGUAACUGGCGACUGAUGCAGUCCGUUUCUGAACAGUCUGAGCUCUGUCUGAGGGGUUUAAACAAAGGUGGUCCCCUGUCACGGGGGGAAGAUAUGAUCUUUAAGAUAAGACGGUUUGGUGUCAUGCAACAAGUAUAAAUGCACAUUGAUGAACAGAGGGAGACAGGCUGGCGAAGGCGAAAGAAGUGGAUUUUUUGAGGGGAGCAGUAGAGGAUCGUGUGCAGGAGAUGUCUCUGUGGAUGAUAUUACCCGUCAGCCUCCCAGCUCUGACCAUCACUGGAAUAUGGGUCGUGUAUGCCAUGGCCUUGUAUAACCAGCAUGUCUGUCCUGUGGACAACUGGAUGUAUAACCAGUCAUGUGACGUGGAUCUGCCAAUGCAGAGGGGACCAACCAUGUGCUGUACUCUGGACAAUGUUCCUCUCAUAAGUAAAUGUGGCACACUUCCUCCAGAGAGCUGCUUCUUCAGUCUCAUCUGCAGCACUGGAUCCUUUAUGGUGAUGGUGAUAGUGUUGCUACACUAUGCCCAUGUGAUAGAGAAGCACCAGAACUGUGUGUUAAACACAGCAAGUCUCUCCACCGGCUGGAUCUGUGCUGCAGGACUCAUCAUGGUCGGCAACUUCCAGGUGGAUAACGCUAAGGUUCUUCACUAUGUUGGAGCAGGGGUAGCCUUCCCCACCAGUAUGCUGUUUGUGUGUCUGCAGUCUGCGCUGACCUACCGCCUGGCGAAGACUCAGGGAGAAUAUAAUUUGGGUCAUUUGCGCCUCUUUAUGACGCUGCUGGCCUUUGUGGCCCUGGUGCUUAGUAUCCUUUACACUAUCGCUCAUUCUCAUGUUAUUAUAUUGUAUACUGUAUUUGUAUUAGGAUUGUGAAUCAGUUUAGAUUAGGGCUGUCAUAACAUCAGAUUUUCACUACAUGAUUAACGUUGACA